UCACAGAUGGUUCGAACUAGACUUCUUCACUCAUUCUCUCGGAGACUUUUUGAGGAUUCUCGAAAUUAUUCAGUAUUGAAGAAUGUAAUUGGCGGCAGUCACAGGAGCUUCAAUACUGGUGCUUGUAACCCAGUUUGGGUUACGGGAAAUUCCGCUUUUAAAAACGUUAAUAAUCAUCGAAACUGCUUGCUGUUUGGUCUUCUGAAUAGCAAUUUGGGUGCAACGAGGUCAAUCCAUGGCACUGCUUCUAUGUCUGCAAGAGAUUAUUAUGAUAUGCUUGGUGUGAGCAAGAAUGCAACUGCAUCUGAAAUAAAGAAAGCUUACUAUGGGCUAGCAAAGAAGCUCCAUCCGGAUACAAACAAAGAUGACCCUGAAGCUGAAAAGAAGUUUCAAGAAGUUUCAAAGGCAUACGAGGUUUUGAAAGAUGAGGAGAAGCGUGGCAUCUAUGAUCAGGUUGGUCAUGAAGCAUUUGUGCACCAAGAAACUAAUGGUGGUCCAGGGCAUAAUGGUGGUUUUGGGAAUCCGUUCGAGGACAUCUUCAAUAUGGAGAAUAUCUUCAACAUGAAAGAUUUUUUCAGCAACAGAAUGAGUGGCCAAGAUGUCAAGGUUGCAGUUGAGCUAUCUUUCAUGGAAGCUGUACAGGGGUGUUCCAAAACUGUCACAUUUGAAACAGAGUUGCCUUGUGAAGCUUGCGGUGGAGAAGGUGUCCCUCCUGGAGUUAAACCUGAAAAAUGUAGGCGGUGUAAGGGCUCAGGCAUGGAGUUUAUACAAAAUGGCUUUAUUACCAUUAAUCAAACUUGUCGACAGUGUGGUGGAAGGGGUCAAAUUGUAACGAGCUUGUGUAAAGCUUGCAAAGGAACUAGAGUGGUGAAAGGAUCAAAGGCAGUGAAAUUGGAUAUUAUGCCGGGAGUUGACAACAACGAAACUUUAAAGGUCUUCAGAAGCGGCGGAGCAGAUCCUGAUGGAAAUCAACCUGGGGAUCUUUAUGUUACCAUCAAGGUCAGGGAAGAUCCUGUUUUCCGUAGAGAAGGUGCUAACAUUCAUGUAGAUGCUGUUUUGAGUGUCACUCAGGCGAUUUUGGGAGGAACCAUUCAGGUCCCAACUCUAACCGGAGAUGUUGUACUUAAGGUACGCCCUGGCACCCAACCAGGUCAGAAGGUGGUUCUGAAGAGCAAAGGGAUUAAAACAAGAAACUCUUUUGCAUUUGGCGAUCAAUAUGUGCACUACAAUGUCAGCAUUCCAACGAAUCUGACCCAGAGACAACGUCAAUUGAUUGAAGAGUUUGCCAAAGAAGAGCAAGGUGAAUACGAUAGGCAUGCUGCUGCUGGAGCAUCCAGAUGA